AUCAGGUCGACGUUGCAUUCGUUUUUAUUCAGUCAUGUGAUUUGCCAGCGAAUGAAACUCCAAUUACGAGUACGAGUGCCCAGUGCAAUAAAACAGCAAUCCCAGAAAAAAACCCUACCAAAAAAGGCAGGAGAAGGAAAAUUCAACAAAGAAAAGCUUCGAUUGGGCAAGACACUACGGAGAACUCUGUUGGGCAAGCAGAACGUGGAUAGUUAUACCGAGGAGAUCUAGCUGCAGCAGAGUAUAUAAGCGAGCUCUCAGACAGCAGCGGAAGUUAGUAAGUGGAAGAAAAUGGAUAAAUAUUCACAGUGCUGGCAGACUUUGCUGUGGCUAUGGCUGCUGGCCUUUGGGCUCUGUGGUGUUCUGGGAGCUGAAGAUCGAACCAUCAGGCUGCCUGCACUGGAAGUCUCUGCUGCCUUGCCCAUCUCUGUGGCUUCAGCUGCCGUCAAGCAAAAGAAGGAAUCUCCACUGGAGCCUCUGCACCGCUCCAAGAGAACUCUAACCACCAUUUGCGUGGAGAUCAAGCCAAGUGGACCGCUGGAGGAGCCCUACUACAUGUGCAAGGGUGAGAAUUUCGGCACUGAUAACAAACAGAGCUGCGUGGAAUUCAAGCCCGGUGGCGCCCAGGGCGAGCUCUACUACAUGUGCAAGGGCAACGAUUUUGCCAGUGGAAAUGGACAGGCGGAUCAGCCCUCUGCCUUGCCUGGGUUUCCCUACCAAAAGCCACAACAAGCUGCACCGAUUGCACACACCUUUCCGUCGUUUCCCGCCUUUGGAGGCGGGUUAUUUCCAGGCCAACAGCAGUAUGAGGAAGACGGCAGGGAAACGCCAGCGACGGCAUACCAGGAGCAGCAGCGUCCUGGCCAAGGGGCGCAACAAAAUCCACAACAGCAGCCCCAAAACAUUCCUCAGCAGCCCCAAAAUGUUCCUCAGCAGCUCCAAAAUGUUCCUCAGCAGCAGCCCCAAUAUGCAGAGCGACCUCAGCAGCAGCCCUUCAAUCAUCAACAGCAAUUGGGCUACCCUGGCGGCACCCUGGCUCCCCCUCCGGCUGCAUUUGCUGCGCAGUCAAAUGGCCUGCCAGCAGUUCCUCGCCCAAAUCCAGGCAGCCCGUCAGCACUUCAAUACGGAGUUGCUGCAGGCCCAGGCCCAACGGCCACGCCCACUGCAUAUAAUACUGCAGCAGCUCAGAAGUCGGCGGCAGCUACAAAAACAGCGCAGGGACAGCAAUACGAGAGGCCAACGCCAGUGGUAGGAAGUCGCCAUCAGCCUGGCAUGGAUGGGGAUGUGUUGGGAAUGCCGAGAGUGGGCUUCCAAGCGGAGGAAUUCAGACAGCGCUAUCGAGGUUCCAUGGGAGAAGCACCGAUAAAGAAGCAGCAGCAGCAGCCACAGCAGCAACAGGAGUUGGCAGAGCCACAAAUGGUCUGGUUACCACCUUCCCCAGUGGAUGACCUACACGAUGAUCCCGUAAUGAGAUCGUUUUACAAUAGCUUGGCGCCAUCAGAGCCAAUAGUAGGAGCAGCAGCACCACCAAUGGCUAAAGCAGCAGCAGGCCCAACAGUAGGAGCAGCAGAGCCACCCCCAAGGACUCCACACCACCCAAGCAGAAACCAGCCAAUGCAACUUGCCGUACCCAUCGAACCUCUGGUGGGUCAAAGCUAUCAGCCAUUCUACGGCCAAUCCGCUGAGCCGCAGGCACCGCCAACAUUGCCACCGCCACCGCCUGCCUAUGCCAGGCCGGAGGUGCCGCCGUCAUCCAGCCUGGAACCAACAACAAAUGGCUACAACUCCUACUGCAAUGGCUGCAAUGCUCCUGUUAUGCCGCGACCCUGUUCAGCGGACACGGGUGUGAGCUACAGCACAAUGUGUCCCAGCUUUCAGCCUGUGAUCAUCGCCAUGCCCUGCUACGAGCAGCAGCCCACGCAUUAUCUGGCGCUGCCAAACAGAGCGCCAAGCGUAGGAGGAGGCAUAACCAGGACUUAUGGCAAUGAGCUGCCUGCUGGCAGUCCCUAUGGACCGUCUUAUGGUGUAAAUCAACAGGUGGGAAGUCCGUAUGGCAUGUCUCAGCAGGUGGGCAGCGCCUAUGGAAUGCAGCAGCAGGUGGGCAGUCCCUUCGGAGCUAAUCAGCAGGGUGGCAGUACCUUCGGAGCUAAUCAGCAGGGUGGCAGUACCUUCGGAGCGAAUCAGCAGGUUGGAAGUCCUUUUGGAAUGACUCCACAGGUUGGCAGUCCCUUCGGAGCUAAUCAGCAGGGUGGCAGUACCUUCGGAGCUAAUCAGCAGGUUGGAAGUCCUUUUGGAAUGGCUCCACAGGUUGGCAGUCCCUUCGGAGCGAAUCAGCAGGGUGGCAGUACCUUCGGCAAUGCUCCUCAGGUGGGCAGUCCCUUCGGAAUGGCACCACAGAUGGGUAUUAAUCCCAAUUCCGGAUUCAACAUGAAUAUGGGCGCCCAAGUGGGCAGCCCCUUUGGCCUGGCCGGUGGUCCUCAGGUCGGAGCUGGCUUCGGUAUGGGCCUGAAUCCCUUUGGACCAUUUGGCGGCCUCAAUCCGUUCAAUCCAUUCAACAGAAUUCUGGGCGCUGCAGCACCCACAACGCCACAGCCCCAAAAGAAUGGUUUCCAGCGCAUUUUCCAGUUUCCAGACAGCUCCACGACGACGACGACAACAACAACAGAGCCACCAACCGUGGGCUCAACUGUGCAGCAAUCCUCGGAAAAGGCGGGAAAACUAAACUUUUCCAGCAGCACACCGACGACGGCUUCGAGCUCUGCCUCAUCAUCGGAGCCUAGCUUGGGGGCGGCACUCGCGAGCCCUGGAGACGAGGAUGAACACGAGGAGGAGGAUGAGGAGGAAGACGAAGAUCAUGUGGAGACAACACCAGCAGUGUCCAGUGAAGAGGAUACCUCUGGAGCCGCCUCCCUCGAGGCUAUACCCUUGGGAAAGCUCACUGCCAGGGACCUGAUGAACAAGGCCGAGGAGAGUCUCAAGACCAAUGACCAGGGACCCACCGAGAAUCCAUUGAAGACCGAAAAGCGCAAACGCCACAAUGCCCGAACCAACAAGGGGAUUAACCAGAAGCGAAAGUAUCUGCAGCAACUCUAGAAUU